CUUCCGUCGUUGGUGUAAAUAUGGCGGCAAAGGAAGCCGUAGACGGUUACAAUGCCGAAGUGGAAGCUACUGUCAACCGCUGGAUAGUUGACUACUAUUCAUUUCUGGCGUUUGAAUUGUUUAAAAAUGGAAAAUACGCGGAAUUCUGUGACGUUAGAGAUUUAAUUCACAGUGUCCUAGGUGUCUUGGUCCGUCAUGUGGAGCCCUCGGAUGUCUUCAAAACAAAGAUUAGAAUAUUGCAGUUUCUCUCCCGGAUAAAUGACGGUGAAAAUUUGGAAGUAUCCUUUGAGCCCGAUAAGUCACUUUCUCCUUUGGAAUCUGCCCUAAUGGUCCUGGAAGACAUAAUCCAGGAAGGCAGAUUGUCAAUGCCACAGCAGGAUUUUGAGAAAGUAUGCACUUCAUUAAAAGAGACCAUUGUGACGAUGUUCAUUAAGAAAAAUAAAUUUCACAAAGCAAAGCAGGUGCUGGACAAACACUUUACCAAAACAAUUUCUGGCAAGAAAGUUGUAUUCUUGGGUCUCAUCAAGAAGAAGAGCAACGUGCAUAAAGUCAUCGAGCAAAUGGACUUCCAGCAGUUCAAGGUGGAGAUGUUGGCCUUCUGCCAGACGCUCUACACGGCCACCGUUCCCUUUCUCCACAGGGCUGCAACCGAUCUGAUUGGUCGAAGACUUGCGGCGCAAGACGCCGAUGGACCCGAUGAGCAAGACGAAGCCACGCCCCCCUGUCUGCAACAAACGAUCACCAUCCAGUUCCUCCCACGCACACAUAUAGUUAUCCAGAGGACCAGGCUGGAGGCGGCCCACAGGGCGUUGGCGGCAGCUGCGGGUGAGAGAACAUUUGCUCAGCUGGAGGAAGAAGUGGAGGAAGAGGAUCAGGCGAGGAAAGAAAACCUCUCGCGGCGCCUCUCACCUGCCCCCGCGGACUCGGAGGAGGCUGGGCCGUUCCAGAGAGACUCGGGAAGCCCCAUGGAGGCCGACCAGCCGCCACGAACGAACGCCGUUUCUCAAACAGAGUCGAGUUGUCUCUCAGAGACGCCCCCGGGGCCGAGGAACCGGCGGCCGGACACCGUGGCGCGGCUGGUGGUGGAGCCGGACAGCCAGGGGAGCUCGCAGAGCACAGCGGCGUCACAGGAAAGGGAGGCCGAUGUCGGCGCAGAAGAGCCCCCACAGCCGCCGGCUGUACUCGAUGAAAAAGACUCGCAGAGCCUUGGGGCCGAUAACGAGAUUUCCAUACCCGUGCGGAAGAUCCGCAGACGGGCCAAAAAGUCCAGCAGAGCCUCAAGCAGUUUGGCAGACAGUGAGGAGGACCCCCACGGCUCUGUGGACCCCCACGGCUCUGUGGACCCUCACGGCUCUGUGGCCAACGGAGACAUUCCUGUGGGAAAACAUCACAACCGUUUACUCGGCAGUAGCUCCAUCAAGUCUGAACCGCCUGCACCGGACAGCGGGGCAGAUCCACAGGAGUCUCUCUGCAGAACCCCAGUGCGGAAACGUCGCAAACAGCUGGCCAGCCAUAGUCUCAGCGAGGUUCCUGAAGCCGUCGUUAUCACAGAUUCCACAUUGGACAGCUCCCCCGAGCGGUCCGCCCCUCAAACCAGCUCGACUCCCAACAAGGACCCUGCUCGGGUCGAAGGUCCUUCCCACACCAAAUGGAAAGUGUUGGUCAACACCGCUAAGGAGAGUAAAGUUACGUGGAGCGAUGAUGAAUCCAAUGUAGGCGCCGAAAAGAAUAAUGAAUUGGCCAAUGAGAGCGUUUCAGGCCACAGGAAGAGGAUGUGGAGUGCGCGUGAGACAAAGAAUUUGAAACAAGGCGUCAACAAAUUUGGGGAGGGCGCCUGGACAAAGAUCAAGUCCUAUUACGCCUUCAACGACCGGACAAACGUCAACCUGAAGGACCGAUGGAGAACAAUGAAGAAGUUAAACAUGAUUUGAGUAGUUCAGCAAAAGUUCAAGUGGCCAGAUGAACAACAUGAGACCCCACCUCCACACGAAUGUAUUAUUCCUCCUGUUAAGUCUCCCUCACCCGUUUCAGCAUUCAUGCUUCAAGAUGGUGUACAAUGUUAAGUUUCUGGUCCUUAGUUCAGGGUUUAAUUUGUAACUGUUUUGUUUUUUAAAUUAAAAAAAUAUCCAAUA